UUGCGGAGGGACCGUAACCUUUGCAUAACAGCCGGGUUCGGCGGGGGACGGGGCGGGCAGAGCCCGCGGGACCGUCCUGCCGCUGCGACCGGGCGGGCGCCGCCGUCCCCGCCGGGCGCCGGCAGCGGCCCCGCUCCCCUCGCUCCAUCCAAGUCCGUGGGAAAUAGCCCAAAGUGCCCCAAAGCAGCGGAGAGGGUGGCAGCAGUUCUGGUUGCACCAUGGCCGAGCCAAAGUCUGUGUGUGUUUCUGUGGACGAGGUGGUCUCCAAUGGCACAGACACCCAGGACAUCCGACUCAUCAAUGGACACUUAAAAAAAGUGGACAAUGCUCUGACAGAAGCUCACAGGUUCUCCUACCUGCCCCGCAGGCCAGCUGUGAACAUUGAGUUUAAAGAACUCUCCUACUCUAUCCAGGAAGGGCCAUGGUGGAGAAAGAAAGGUUAUAAAACCCUUUUGAAAGGAAUUUCAGGGAAGUUCAGCAGUGGAGAGCUCGUUGCAAUUAUGGGACCUUCAGGAGCUGGGAAGUCAACGCUUAUGAAUAUUCUGGCAGGAUACAGAGAGACGGGGAUGAAAGGAGAAAUCCUCAUCAACGGGCAGCCCCGCGACCUGCGCUCCUUCCGCAAGGUCUCCUGCUACAUCAUGCAGGAUGACAUGCUCCUUCCUCACCUCACUGUCCAGGAAGCUAUGAUGGUAUCUGCUCAUCUGAAACUUCAAGAGAAAGAUGAAGGGAGGAGAGAAAUGGUGAAGGAAAUCCUGACAGCCCUUGGUUUGCUGGCCUGUGCCAACACCAGGACUGGGAGCCUCUCAGGAGGCCAGAGGAAGCGCCUCGCCAUCGCUCUGGAGCUGGUGAACAACCCUCCUGUCAUGUUCUUCGAUGAACCAACCAGUGGCUUGGACAGUGCAUCAUGUUUUCAGGUGGUCUCUCUGAUGAAGGCUUUGGCCCAGGGUGGCAGAUCCAUCAUCUGCACAAUUCACCAGCCCAGUGCAAAACUGUUUGAGCUCUUUGACCAGCUCUAUGUUCUAAGUCAAGGUCAGUGCAUUUACCGUGGGAAGGUGACAAACCUUGUCCCUUACUUGAGAGAUUUGGGGUUGAAUUGUCCAACCUACCACAACCCAGCAGAUUUUGUAAUGGAAGUGGCCUCGGGUGAGUACGGGGACCAGAACAGCCGCCUGGUCAGGGCUGUGAGAGAGAGGAUUUGUGACACAGACUACAAGAGAGACGUGGCUGGGGAGCACGAGCUGAACCCCUUCCUCUGGCACCGGCCCUCUGAAGAGGAUUCCUCCUCCACAGAAGGAUGCCACAGCUUCUCUGCCAGCUGCCUAACCCAGUUCUGCAUCCUCUUCAAAAGAACUUUCCUCACCAUCAUGAGGGACUCGGUCCUGACACACUUGAGGAUCACCUCACACAUUGGCAUUGGGCUGCUCAUUGGACUGCUCUACUUGGGCAUUGGCAAUGAAGCCAAGAAAGUCCUCAGCAACUCAGGGUUCCUCUUCUUCUCCAUGUUGUUCCUCAUGUUUGCUGCACUCAUGCCGACCGUCCUCACCUUUCCCCUUGAGAUGGGAGUGUUUCUCAGAGAGCAUCUGAACUACUGGUACAGCCUGAAAGCCUAUUACCUCGCCAAAACCAUGGCUGAUGUUCCUUUUCAGAUCAUGUUCCCUGUGGCUUACUGCAGCAUCGUGUACUGGAUGACUUCCCAGCCCUCCGACGCGCUCCGCUUCGUCCUCUUCGCAGCCCUGGGGACCAUGACAUCCCUGGUGGCUCAGUCACUGGGCCUGCUCAUAGGUGCAGCCUCCACAUCCCUCCAGGUGGCAACUUUUGUGGGCCCAGUUACUGCCAUCCCAGUCCUCCUGUUCUCUGGGUUUUUUGUCAGCUUUGACACCAUCCCAACAUACCUCCAGUGGAUGUCCUACAUUUCCUAUGUCAGAUACGGGUUCGAAGGAGUCAUCCUCUCCAUCUACGGACUGGAUCGAGAAGAUCUGCAUUGUGACAAAGAUGACACCUGCCACUUCCAAAAAUCAGAGGCCAUCCUGAAAGAACUGGAUGUAGAAAAUGCCAAACUCUACCUGGACUUCAUCGUUCUUGGGAUUUUCUUCUUCUCUCUGCGCCUGAUUGCCUAUUUUGUCCUCAGAUACAAAAUCCGAGCGGAGAGGUAAAGGAAGAGCAGCUGGGGAGAUGCAGUAGGAGAACUUUAGACAUGCAAUAGAGGGCACUUGACAUUGUCUCACUGUGGCAGGCUGGUCCCCAGUGCCCAGCCAGAUGUAUCCUGACCGAGCCCAUGGAGAGCCACAAUGGGAUAGUGGACAUUCAGUGUUAAGCCAAUCAGUCCAGUUGGGUUGGGUCAUGUCUUCAUUACACUUUCUAGCUUUAACUAGGAAGAAGAACUAGAAGGGAAUUUUAUACCACGAGAAUAUCAAUACUGAGAAACAAGAAACCUGGCUGCAGGAGCUUUCCUUGUGAAAACCAAUUUUGGGAUAAGGCUGCCAGGAUCCCAGUCCUGAUGGCCAGAAUAGUGUAAUGACAUCUCUAGUUACAAGGUAGUGAGAUGCAAAAUGAGGAAUGCAAAGAAAAUAGGAUUCUCUCAUCUUUUUAAAUUUCAUCUUUGCAGUUUUCUAUGUAUUAUUUUGCAAUUCUUUUCCACAGAAUUACCCCUUCUGGCUAAAAGUCUGUAAAUGUAUUAAUAAGGUAAAGAUAUCUUUUUAAUAUGGAUACUUUUUUAAAAGAAACCUAAAGUGAUUCAAGUAAUUAUUUUUGUUUCUGUCUGAAUUUAGAAUUCUGGUGCUUUACUUGUCGAGCUGGUCUCAUAUCUGAAAACUGUAAUGAUAGGAGAAAAAGGCAGGUUCUGAAUCUGCACUAAACCUGUGGUCCCAUUUGGAAGCAGCACUGGAUAGCAUAUGCAGUUAGACAUGGUCAAGCUGUCACUGAAUGGUUGAAAACAAAAUAUUCUUUUGCAAUGUCUUUAAAUCCUUAGUUUUUGUGGUAUUUUGGGAUAAUAACUCUGUUCAUUAUCUGUUUGAUCUACCUCCUGCGACUGAAGAAAAUCAAAGCACUCCAAAGGCUUAUUUUUAAUUAAAUUGUGAAAGCAGGAUCUGUCCCUAAAAUGAUUGUUAAAAGAGUGCAAGAGCUGUCCACAGAUCAAAGCUUGGGCUACUGUGUUAAAACACCUGUGACUGCCUCAUCCAGAGGUGUCCAUUGUAUCUGCAACACACUCUGUGUGGGACUCUCCCAAAAAUAUACUAAUUAACACUGCAGGUCUAAUUAUGCCAGGCAGUUUUCUUCUCAUCCCUAAGUCUAAAUGCACAACAUGAGAAUCAAUGGAUCUGGACACCAAUGAAACUGUUAUUUUGGGUAUCUCACCUCUGUAAAUUUGGCAGAGGGAAUUCUGGUUCCAAGCUGAUGUGAAUUUUCUCACCAAUCUUCAACCCAAAAUUAAUCCACCAUCCUCAUGUUGGGCACCUUGGUGAGCUUUGGUGCAAAUUGCACAGCUUUCUGCCAUGACUGUGAAUUUUUUUGGGUAUCCCAGACCCCUGAGUGAGGCCUGCACGUUCUGAAAAUGCAUUUUUCCCUUAAGGAUGCUGAACUCUUGCAGGCUGGACGCAGCUCAAUGUCAGCAAAGCCUUGAAGAGCCCAGCAGCUCCUGGCAGCAGGGUAGAUAAGAGGGACCUGGUGCAUCUUCUGGCCUCCAGCAGUCAAAAAUCCACAGACUUCUCCAAUACUCCGUGGCUGUGUCUAUCCUAGUGAAAUAAAUAGUGCCAGGCUCAGCUCUGUUAGUUCUCACACAGCUGGGGUUACAGGAAUAGGCCCUGUACUGACUUUUACAGAGCCCAAACACUGUCUGCAAAAGCUCUGGCUGUGCUGGGCUGCAGCUCUGCCAUUUAGCAGGGAAGAAAAUUGUUUCCCAGUUUUCCUGACCCGUGCCCAGGCUCUGUUUGAUUUACCAAUACACAGACUGCAUGUAUCUGUUAAACUCAGGACAUCUGAACUAAGCCUGGGGUCUGGAAGGCUUUAAAUCAAGUCACAUAUUUUAGGAAGGCUAGCUGAACUUUCCCUGAAAAUAAGGUUUACCUGUGAAAGCAAAAUCAAUCUUUACUGUAGAAGAAAAAACAAAUUCCUUGCAAGCCUCUUUGCAUAAUUUUUGUUGCUGUUUUUUCUCAAAAAGCUUUUGUACAGCUUUGCAGCUUUUCCAGGCAUAAUCACGAGCAGGUACAAACCUAUGUGGCUGUCAGAUUUGAGAAAUUAAGAAUUCAAGCUAUUCUAAAUAAUACUCAUGGCUGUGAACAGUUUUUAAACAAGGCACAAGCUGAAAUCCCUUUAGCACAACGUGCCUUGAUUAUUUCAAGACUCUCAAUGUAUUUGUGACUAUUACAGGCAGUUCAAACACUUUUUGCAAGCAGACAAAGGUACGUUGGCCAAAUUACUCUUGGGUUGCAGACUUGUGGUCCAAGCUGAGGUCAAAGAGUGUGACAUCCCUGGCACUGAAUACCUUCAGGGUUCAUGUUUUGUGUUUACCAGCACCAUUUACCAAAUUCCACCCUGACAAUCCCCUGCAGUGCUCCAAAUGAGGGAACUUUGCUGGCAUUUCCACACUGGUAUCUUGCAGGAUGCUGUUCUCCCCCAUCUAGACCAGUUUAGCUGCAUGAAUUCCUUGGAUGCUGUCUUGUUAUCUGUGCCUGUUCCUCUGGUUUUAGACUGUCUCAUUUUAUGUUUUUAGCCUCCUGUACUGUAAGUUUGUAUUGUGUUAUGGUAGCCAAAAAUCUGGUCCUCCACGGGUGUUCCUGAGAAAACUCCUGUUCUGGGAAUAUUUUUUGUCACUCCUUUUUUUGUUGGGUAUGCUUUUUCCAGCCUUCUGCUGGCAGCAUUUAGCUGUAAGUUACUAUUGUUAGGAAUGCUUUCGGACUGUAGCAUCCCAGUAAAGAAGUUAUUCUCUGGAGACUCAGUGAUACACAUAGACGAGAUAAUAUUUUUUUCCUUCCCUAGCUCAUAAAAUAACUAAUGAUCUCUCUUUUGUCACUGCUGUGGGACAGAAGCAUUUAAAAUCCACCCCAAUUAUGUCUUCAUCUACUGCAAAGAUUUGUAACGUAGUCUCAGGUUGGUUUUUUUCCUCUUUAUGUGGAGAUAAAUUCCAUCAGGCUGGUAUAAAACACAUUCCCAGGUUAAUGAGUGGAGCAUGCAGGUGCUGGUGUGUUGAGCAGCACUUUGUGAAGCUCUGGAGGCUUCACUUGGAAGAAUAAUAAGGCCAGCAAGAUUCUGAAGGCUUCAAAACCUCAAUUUUUGAAUCCUCAGUUUUAUAGCCAUAUAUAAAGAGCCAUAAACUCUUUGAAAUCAAUGCCACUAUUGCUGUUUAAACCAGUCACAGCCUGGCUAAAAGUUAUGUAAGAGGCUCAAGGUUUCAUUGAAAAGUGAAUGUAUGAUUUUUGUUGGGACUGCAGGAAGACUUUAGUGCCCUGUUGGCUUCCUUGUUCUAUUUUGACUUCUUUUGAGACAUUGCUUUGAUUACUGUGUGCAUUAGUUAAGACUUUAGGUCCUUCGUACUUCUUUUGUUGUUUUUCUUUGUGGAAACUUGCAUAUAAUCUGAAAAACUCUGAUGGUUUUUAAAAAUAACUUGAAGCAUUAUUAUUUACAAUUAAAUAAAAUAUCUGAAAAGCAGAUACUACUCUUAAGAAACUGAGAAGGUUCCAUUGUUACAGGUCAGAGGGAGUGGAAGAAGACUGAUGUUGAAAUUCUCUCCAUCUCUUAGAAUUUAGAGCACAAAGUACCCUUUUAAUUAAAAGAGGGGAAUACGUGCAUAUGUAACAGGGAGAGCUGGUUAUGUAAGAGGGAGAUAAUGAACUUGAGUCCAAGAACUGGAUGUCUCAGGUGACUGACAGUUCUAUCCACACUUCUGUGUCAAACUCUGUGUUCUCAGCAAAAAGGAAUGUUUUAUUAAACACUUGUUCCUGCAGGGAAGUGUGGCACGUACUGACCUGUGCCACGCCAGUGAUCCUCACAGAGGAGAUCCUGCCUGACUCAUUUACACAGGGCUGGGUGGAUUUUGGGGUUCUAAGGAGCAGGGGGAAGGCCAACAAAGCAGAUAUCCUGGUGGGGGUCUGUUGCAGACCACCCAGCCAGGAUGAAGAGGCAGGUGAAAUGUUCCAUGGGAGGUCUUGUGAUCCGUGCCCCUUUUCCUGUGGGAGACUUUAACUUGCCAGAUGUCUGCUGGAAAUACAACACAGCGGAGAGGAAACAGUCCAAAGGGUUCCUGGAGUGUGUGGGAGGUAAUUCCUGACACAGCUGGAGAGGGAACCAGGCAGUGGUGAUGCCCCACUGGACCUGUCUGUGAGCAGAGGAGGGCUGGUGGGUGGUGUGGUAGCUGGAGAUCCUCUUGGGCACAAAGUGAACUUGAGGUGAGAGGUUUUGGUUCUUGGGCAGAUGGAGGGGUGGCAGCCCUGAAGGGCUGAGAAGUCCAGGAAGUCUGGGGAUCCAGAGGAAGGAAUCCUAAGGGCACAGCAGGGGCAGACCAUCCAUCCCCAAGUGCCAAAGGACGAGCCAGAGGGGCAAGAGGACCCUGGCUGAGCAGAGAGCUGUGCCUGGAACUCAGGGAACAAAACAGGGUGUGUGACCUUGGGAAGAAAGGGCAGGCAACCCAGCAGGACUGCAGGGAUGCUGUGAGGCUAUUCAAGGAGAAAUUACAGAAUCACAGAAUAAUGAGGCUGGAAGAGACCUCGAAGAUCAUCAAGUCCAACCUAUGCCCUAACACCUCAACUAGACUAUAGCACCAAGUGCCAAGUCCAGUCUUUUUCUGGACACAUCCAGAGAUGGUGAUUCCACCACCUCCCUGGGAAGGCAAUUUCAGUACUUUAUUAUUAUUCAGUGAAAAAUUUUUUCCUAAUAUCCAACCUAAACCUUCCCUGUCAUAGCUUGAGACUGUGUCCUCUUGUUCUGUCAGUGCUGCCUGGUGGAAGAGACCAACCCCACCUGUCUGCAACCUCCCUUCAGGAGCUGUAGAAGGGCCAAAGCCCACCUAGAACUUAAUCUGGCUACUGCUGCAAAAUACAAUAAAAAAUAUUUCUGUAAAUACAGCACUAAGGAGAGUCUCCAUCCUUCCUUGGAUGCCAUCCUUUAUUUCCUACCAGAACAGUCCCAUAGUCACACUGUGACAAACUCACAGAGGCAGGCUAGAUGUAAAAGGAAAGAAAAAGAACCCCAAAAAAGCCAACUUUAUUUUCUGACUCUGCUGUAUAUACAAUAGCAAAAAUGACAGUGGAUUGGAGGGUGAAACUGCCACCUCUCCAACCACACUGCUCAAACCACAGUCCAUCAGUUCUCUCCUCCUACCAAGAAGAAUGCAAAACAAUCAUUAUUUACAUGAACAUGUGUGUAAGAAAACUUAGUUGAAAUAUGUAAAUAUCAGAAGGCAUAGGAACUUCUAGAAGAACUUUAAAACUCUCAACAGGGGCGACAGCCCCACAGGGUGCAACUGCUCAGGAAUUUCUGUGUGCACAUCCAUUUAUGAGGUAUGAUCAUGAGAAAAGCUGUUGGGAACUAGAAGUAGGCAGCAAAUGACACUGUGUCAUGUCCUCUGUGACAGCUUGUGACAGGCUGAUCACUGCAGUGCCACACAGCACUGGUGAGUGCAUAAAUUGAGUGCUGAGAGCCACUGGGGUGAAUCAGGAGCUCUGCCAUUUGUGAACAGGGGCGGUGGCACUGUCAGGGUCGACUCCUGCUGCCCUCCUCUUAAAUGCCUGUUCCCAUAAAUACACAAAGGGACUGUUGUGGUGUAUCCCACUGAGUGGUUUUUGUCAGCCCACAUAUCACUCUUCAUAUUACAUGUCUAAAAGUAUCAGGCUGAGCCUGCAAACACAGCAAGUUUCAUUUUAAUUCUGUUUAAUGCUUUAUUUCUCUUUCUGUACAUAUUUCACGUAGCGUUUCUGAAGGAGUAAUUGUACCGUAGAGCACAAAAUUUAGCUUCAGUCUUUUUGUUACUUUGAAAUCUUAUGAAGAAUGAUAAUUUUGUGCAGUUGUCAGCUGUAGAACCUUUCUUUAAGAGAUUUAGAUUUCUGUUGAGACCUGUUGCCAGCAUUGUAAAACAAAGGGUGACCAGCCAGGAUGUGUCUGGGGGCUCUCGUGCAGCUCAGCCCAUGCCUAUCAAUUGCUUGUGUCCCUUUUUUUCUGGAUACUCAUGGCUGCUGUCCACAUGGGGUGUGAAAAUGAGCUGCUUGGGAAGAGUACAGGAUGGUUAAAGGUGGAGGAAUCACUUUGAGACUUCUUUCAGCUACCAAAACCCCAGUGUGCUGGAUCUCUAGAUGUGCUUCAUUCUUUCCAGAAGAAAAAAAAAUCAAAAGUGUCUUUUUCAGCAAGGCAACAUGGAAGUUUCUACUUUUUAAGGUUGAUGGGGUUUUCUACUUCAGUGGCAUCUGUGAUGUCUUUUUUUCUGACCCCGUUGUAGCUUAUUUUAGUGGCCCAUUUAGGGUAAUCAUUAUACAAACUCCUUUCUGUUACUUCUAGAAACAAGCUUUCCUGGCCUCAGUGAUAAUUACAACCACCUUUCCAAAUGUGAAUAAGUUAAACAAUUAAAAAAAAAAUAUGGAAAAAAUUCCCUUAAAUUAUGGCAAAAGAAAAUUAAAGUUGAAACUAUUACACUGAUAUAUCUUAAAAGAAGAAAACAAGUCCUGCAGUGGGGCCAAGCCUUUACCUGUGUCAGUAAAGAUUUAUCAAAUACCUUUUCUGAGUCAGCUGACCUUAUUGUGAGAUUCUGCCCUUGAACCUGUUACUGAAUUAUUUAACAUUUGGUUCUUUUGUUUUUCUAAGCAAGAGUCAAUGCAAGGUAUGAUUUUAAAUCAGCGUGCUCAAGUGUGCAUAUUCUGAAUAUCUAAUAUGUCAUUGUCGUCUCUUGUUUCUGUAAUGCAUUUGCAUUACUAUGAAUCAAUUUUAUUCUGCUUCUCUAGAGACUAUUGCUGCCUGCACGCUGUGAUAUAUUUGCACUGUUGUAGAUAUAUAUAUAUACAUAUGAUGUAAUUAUAUUAUACAAACCAUGUCUUCUUCAGGUUGCUUGUUACCUUUGUAGUUUAUGCUUCCUGGUACAGUGGACCUGAGCAAAAAUGUGGGAUGUGGGGCAUUCUGAUGAUAUAUUACAGUAAUAGAGAAAUCUUUGUAUAUUUCUGUAUACUUAAUACCUGUAAGAAGAGAUUUGUAUGUGCAUUAUUUUCCAAACUUAGGGCUUUGUUUUCUGAGACUAGAGAACAUUUAUGAUAAUGUAACACACACACACACAAAAAAAAAUCAAAUAAAGUGUUAUUAUUUUCAGACA